CGGAACUCAGUCAUUUGUUCAAGUACAUGCCCUCCCAUCUUUACAACACCAGCACACACCAUGUCGAAGGUUUCGGUUGCCACGGUCCGUAAGAACGUCGAAGACAUCCUCAAGGGUGCCGAGGAGAAGAAGCGCAACUUCGUUGAGACUGUCGAGCUUCAAAUUGGUUUGAAGAACUACGACCCUCAACGUGACAAGCGUUUCUCCGGUACUAUCAAGUUGCCCAAUGUCCCUCGCCCCAACUUGUCCAUUUGCAUUCUUGGUGACGCUCACGAUUUGGACCGUGCCAAGCACGGUGGUGUCGAUGCCAUGUCUGUCGAGGACUUGAAGAAGCUUAACAAGAACAAGAAGCUUGUUAAGAAGUUGGCCAAGAAGUACGAUGCCUUCAUCGCUUCUGAGGUUCUCAUCAAGCAAAUCCCUCGUCUGUUGGGUCCCGGUUUGUCUAAGGCCGGUAAGUUCCCUUCCCCCGUCUCUCACAACGAUGACUUGUACGGUAAGGUUACUGAGGUCAAGUCCACCAUCAAGUUCCAACUCAAGAAGGUUCUUUGCUUGGGUGUUGCUGUUGGCCACGUUGAGAUGACUGAGGACCAACUCAUUGCCAACAUCAUGCUUGCCAUCAACUUCUUGAUCUCUUUGUUGAAGAAGGGCUGGCAAAACAUCGGCUCCUUGGUCGUCAAGUCUACUAUGGGCAAGCCUUUCCGCCUUUACUAGACGUGGUGAACGGGGUGUCGUUUCAAAUCGGAUCUGGAAGUAAUAAGACGGUUUGAUGCCAAAAUCGUAAAUGUGAAGGAAGGAGACUAGUAGUUUCAGAGUCAGAGCUGUGUCGU